UCCCUAUUUUCCAUUUCUCCAAUCUCAAAAAGAAACGUCUUUGUUUCAAGAUAUUUUUCUGCAUAAAAACAUUAUUAACAACAGAAAAAGAAAAAAAAAGAUUCAGCAAUUUGCUCAAAGCGGGAAAAAUAAAGGUAAAGAAUAUAUUCUAUUUCAUGAAAGUUUCCACCUUUUCUAAUUUUUGCUUCAAAAGAGGUUAAAGCUUUUGUUUUUAGUUUGAUUCCAUUGUACCCAGAUCGUUAAUUUUUGUGGGUAGUUCUGUUUUCUUUUCGAUUUGUGCUUUGCGUUCUUGGGUAUUAUCGAUCUGAUCCUGAAAGUUGUUAGUUGUUAGUCAUUAGACCCAGGGGUCCUGUGGGGAUCUGGGUUUGUAAGGAUGGAAUAUGAAAGUCAUAGAUGGAUUUGGGAUGGAGUUUGCUACUAUCCACAUUUAUUCGGAGGAAUAAUGGUCACAGCCGCCCUACUUGGUCUGUCAACGAGCUACUUUGGCGGUGUAGGAGUUCAGUAUCUUCCUUAUUUGGGGCCUGGUUUUGGAAUUUUGAAAAAGCAAGCACCUGAGAAAAAACGUGUGAGAGUAUACAUGGAUGGAUGCUUUGAUUUGAUGCAUUACGGUCAUGCAAAUGCUUUGAGGCAGGCUAAGGCUUUAGGAGAUGAACUAGUAGUAGGUGUCGUUAGUGAUGAAGAAAUUUUGGCUAACAAAGGACCUCCGGUGUUGUCUAUGGAAGAAAGGCUAGCUCUGGUUGGUGGUUUAAAGUGGGUCGAUGAAGUCAUUCCUAAUGCCCCUUAUGCAAUCACUGAGCAGUUCAUGAAAACUCUAUUUAAAGAGUACAAAAUUGACUACAUCAUACAUGGUGACGAUCCUUGCUUACUUCCAGAUGGAACUGAUGCUUAUGCUGCGGCAAAGAAAGCAGGCCGCUACAAGCAGAUCAAACGUACAGAAGGAGUUUCAAGCACAGACAUUGUAGGAAGGAUACUUCUAAGUGGUCAUGGUAAAAAUGCUCACAAAGAUGGUGAUGAUGCAACUUCAUUUGAGGAGUCCUAUGGCGUAAAGCAAGUCUCUACUACUAAGCAGCCCAAAGCUAGUCAUUUAUCUCAUUUUUUGCCCACCUCUAGGCGCAUUGUACAGUUCUCGAAUGGGAAGGGGCCUGGACCAAAUGCACGUGUUGUGUAUAUUGAUGGAGCAUUUGAUCUUUUUCAUGCCGGACAUGUUGAGAUACUUCGAGCUGCUCGACAGCUUGGAGAUUUCUUACUUGUUGGCAUUUACACAGACCAAACUGUUAGUGAAAUUCGUGGUGCUGAGUAUCCAUUAAUGAAUUUACACGAACGCAGUCUCAGUGUAUUGGGUUGUCGUUAUGUUGAUGAAAUUAUCAUGGGUGCACCAUGGGAGGUCACCAAGGACAUGAUAAAGACCUUCAAUAUAUGCUUAGUCGUACACGGGACAAAAUCGGAGUUGAAUCCUCUGGUCAAUGGGGAUUCCGACCCUUAUAGAGUUCCGAAGAGUAUGGGGAUUUUCAAGAUGAUUGAAAGCCCCAAGAACAUAACCACAUCCUCUGUGGCCAAAAGGAUUAUCAGCAAUCAUGAAGUCUACAAGAAACGAAAUGCUAAGAAAGUCGAAAGCGAGAAGAAAUAUUAUGAAGAGAAGACAUAUGUAUCAGGAGACUGAGAAUCCUUGAAAGCGAAAUGGCAAUCCCGAUUGAUUUCAGCCUCCCCGUUAACAGGCUUUAGUGGAUACAUGUAGAUUUUUGCAGAUAGAGAUACUUGUUGGCGGUCUCAAUGUUUACGAGAAGGUGAAGAGAAGUUAGCCGAGACAUCGUUCGAGAAUCCUGUGUUGCCUGAAGUUCUCUCUCGUUGCCUUGGUCGUCAAUCGUAAUGGAGUACAUCCUAAAUUAUUUCAUUAGCAGCGUAUGCUGCGCUCGUGUUUAUACCAAAACCGUGAACAUCUACCCUGUAGGAGGAAGUUUUGUUGUGGUGUAUUGUCUAUUUUCUUUUCUAUAGUUUUUUUUCUAAAAAAAGUUUAGGAAAUUUGUACUCCCUCAAUUCCACUAAGAAAAGCACCAUUUGACUCGAAUAUGUGAGAGGUUUUUGUAUUAAAUGAUGCUUUCUUAGGGGAUAAAGGGAGUAAUUUUUUGAAUUUUAUGAGAGAUUUAGCAUAAUGUUUUUAGUUUAUUUGUAAUAUUUUUAAUGUGCGUUUGCAUGAUUCAUUCUUGGAAAAUUGGAUUUAUGUAAAGGGCUGUGUGAUUGAAUCUUGAUGCUUCUAAUAACAACGUUUAAAUUAAUUUCCAUCCAAA